CUUUGACGUAAGAAAUGUUACAUCAUAGUGUUCCCAUCACGCUGUCAGACACGUACAGACGUUCAACCGGCAAGAGAAGAGCAGUUUCACUCCAUUGUGCAGCAGAUAACUACAAAAAAAGUCAAGAUGACCGUCAUGGAAUACGAAGACAAUGAAUCCAAGUUCAUGAGAAAAGCCAAAGAGAAUCCGUUUGUCCCUAUAGGGAUGGCCGGGUUCUUCGGCAUUGUGGCGUACAGGCUGUACAAGAUGAAGAGUCGAGGAGACACGAAGAUGUCCGUGCACCUGAUUCACAUGCGUGUGGCGGCGCAGGGCUUCGUGGUGGGAGCCAUGACUUUAGGAGUGGUCUACUCCAUGUACAAAGAGUACGUUCUGAAACCAGCUCAAGCGCAGAAAGCUUUGGAGCAGAAGGCAAUGGAAAAGUAAAGAGAAAUGUGUUUGAUUCCUGAGAUAUCCUUAAUACUGCCUCAUAUUAAGGUGUCAAUUUUUUUUAUUUAUUGCUGACAUAAUUUAGGAUUUUUUUUUCAAAAUCAUUUCUUUACACUGUUUCCUAUUUAAACAUUAAAUAAAUCUCAGUAAAGAGGUUAGUGUAUCCAUUAUGUUGCCUGGCUUGCUUGAGAAACAUUGUAAGGGAUGGAAAAGUAGCUAUUUUUGUAUCUUGCCAACUACUAUUUAUGUAUCAUAUCGGUAUCAAACUGAUGAACACAGUAUGAAAUGGUUGUUUUUGAAUGUUUUGAUUGAUUUAUGCUGAAGGCUGCUGCUCUUAUGUCGAGGUUUCAGAGAAAGGUGUGGUGUUAAGACCUUCGUACCUUGUCAUUCAUUCAAGAUUUGUUCUUGUAUCAUUUAAGCAGACUAAAUUCCAGGACAACAACCUUCAAUGAACCAUUAUUCUAGUUAUAUCUGUGAAAUGUAUAACGCACAGAACACAAUGAGGGGACUUCGCCACCGCUAAAUUAUUUAUUGUACUAGUUUUACAGAAUAUUCAGUAGUUGAUCAAACGCUCUCACAUGUUUGUGCGGUCAUUUUAAAGUGUGUCUGUGUGUGUGAGUGGAAGGAAUGAACGAGAGUUGUGUGUUUUUUUUUUGUAGAUUGAUUGAUUGAUUGAUUGAAAAAACUAUUGCACCUUUUUUGUUUCAUAUUUCAAAUAAAACUCACAAUAUUAUACCUUUAGAGUGACCUAUAUUUUGAGGAUCUCGGCUACAGCUCUGUUUAUCUUUGCCAAUAAAAAUAUUGUAAUUCCAAUAAAGACUUUUUAUUUCAGA